AUGGCUCCCUCAAACCCUCUUGCCAACUGGGAAAAGGUCGGCGACAGUUUCUAUCGCAAAAUCCCCGUGUAUGACGCCAUCUUCGGUGAGGACGUGGAGCUUGAGAACUACAUCGUUGCGGGCGCGCCCUACGGAGGUGCUAUCGCUCUCUAUCGUGAUGAGAGCAAACCGUUCAGGUUGCGGGAUUCGCAAAGCUCCCGGUCUAGCAUUGAGAUCUAUUCUUGCUCGGGGAAGCACAUUAAUACCAUCAAUUGGGAGCAAGCUACUAUCCGCGGGCUCGGCUGGUCCGACAAAGAAGAGCUCCUGGUUGUUUCCGAGGACGGCACCGUCCGCCGCUAUUUCGGCCUAGACGGCGAGUUUACUUCAUUCUCUCUUGGAAACGGCGCCGAAGAAUACGGCGUGAGAGCCUGCCAAUUCUGGACUUCCGGCCUUGUGGCAUUGCUCUCUAACAAUCAGCUGAUUGCUGUUUCCAAGUAUGACGAGCCUCGACCCAGACUCCUCGCACCUUGCCCAGAAGGCGAGGUGUCAUCGUGGUCCUUGAUUCCACCUGCGCACACGCUUUCGCGGUCAGUGGAGGUUCUACUGGCCGUUGAUAAGACGGUCUUUUUGGUCGACGCCACGGAAGCGGAGGAUAAGAUCUUACAAGAUGGUCCAUUCAAGCACGUUAGCGUGUCACCGACUGGGCGCUUCGUCGCACUGUUUACUGGGGAGGGGAAGUUAUGGGUUGUCAGCAUUGACUUUCAGAGUAAACUCAGCGAGUACGACUCAAAGUCUCGUGUGGCUCCCAGCUCGGUGAACUGGUGCGGUGACGACGCAGUCAUUCUGGCUUGGGAAGAUGAGAUUCAUCUCGUCGGACCCAGCGGUUCGGCAUCAAAGUAUUAUUAUGAUGGCCGUGUGCACGUUAUUUCCGAGUUAGACGGGGUCCGUCUCGUCACUAACGAUACGUGCGAGUUCUUGCACAAGGUCACCGACGUGACGCAAGAAAUAUUCCGAGUGGGCUCUUCAUCCCCUGCCUCGGUGCUUCUCGAUUCCGUGGACCAGCUAGAGAAGAAGUCACCAAAAGCCGACGAGAACAUUCAGCGGAUUCGCUCGAGCCUCCCCGCCGCAGUAGAUGCGUGUAUUAAAGCAGCUGGCUAUGAGUUCGAUGUCUACUGGCAGAAGCGGCUACUGAAAGCCGCGUCCUUUGGGAAAUCAGUGCUUGAACUCUACAACAGUGAUGAAUUUGUGGAAAUGACUGAAAAGCUCCGAGUCCUCACAGCAGCCAGAGAUUAUCAAGUCGGCUUACCUAUUUCAUAUGAGCAAUAUCUCCGCCUGACACCAGAGGGACUCAUCGAACGUCUUAUCAGCCGUCAUGAAUAUCUUCUUGCGAUCCGGGUAUCCGAGUAUCUCCAGAUUCCUGCGGACCGAAUCUAUGUUCGUUGGGCCAGUCAGAAAGUCCGGGUUUCCACGGUAGACGAUGAAGCCGUGUGCAAGCUGAUUGUACAAAGGCUGGAGGGGAAGCCAGGCAUCUCCUUCGAAAUUAUUGCCCAGACAGCUUAUGAUGAGGGACGAUCGUACUUGGCUACCCAGCUGUUGAACCAUGAACCACGAGCUGGGAAACAAGUGCCCCUAUUACUGAACAUGGAAGAGGACGAAAUGGCUCUUGACAAGGCAAUUGAAAGUGGUGACGACGAUCUUGUGAACUAUGUGCUCCUCCACCUAAAGGGCAAGCUUCCUCUGGCUAGCUUCUUCCGCAUGAUAAACACUCGUCCUAUGGCAUCCGCUUUAGUCGAGACAGAUGCACGAGGCCAAGAUACGGAACUACUGAAGGAUCUUUACUACCAAGACGAUCGGCCUAUUGAGGGCUCGAAUGUCUUGCUGUCGGAAGCUACAAAAGAAACGGACCUGCAGCGCAAGACAGAGAAGCUCCACCUCGCCGCCCGCCUGCUGUCAGACUCCAAAGACCCGACGGUUAUGUUACACCAGAAGUUGGUGUCCGAGGCUUCCCAACUGCUCAAAGCCCAGGAGACACUCGACAAAGAUCUUGCCGACCACAACGAAUUCCUCGGCCUCAGUCUGAACGAGACGAUAUACAGACUUAUUCGAGCAGGCUACGGGAAACGAGCGCACAAGAUGCAAGCUGAAUUCAAGAUGCCUGAAAAGACCUACUGGUGGCUGAGACUCAGAGCCUUGGUGGCUAAACGCGAUUGGGGUGAGCUGGAAGAACUUGGCAAGAAUAAGAAGUCCCCAAUCGGAUGGGAGGCUUUCUAUAACGAGGUCCUGGGCGCCGGAAACACAAAGCUUGCCUCCAUAUUCGUCCCGAAAUGCACAAACCUGCCCGUCGCGGACCGAAUUGAAAUGUGGGUGAAAUGUGGAAUGAUCGUCAAGGCGGGCGAAGAGGCGCAAAAGGCCAAAGACGUGAACACCCUUGAACUCCUCCGAAGCAAAGCGUCCGGUCCCGCAAUCACCGAAAUCGAGCGCAUGAUCAACCAACUCAGGCCGAGAAAAUAG